UUGGCCUUAUUUGUUGACCUGAGCUCAGGCAAAAUUUUCAUUGGCCAAUAUUGAGUUUAGUCAUGAACUAGACACAUGCUUCCGGUAAAUUGUCCGAAGGACUUUGAUACACAGUAUUACUGCAAAAAUAUCUGCCUAUCGUGAAAACUAAGGGAACUGAAGGACGGAAAACACGUCAAGGGCAAAUCAGCCUUACGAAAAGACGAGGUUGUAUAACUUGGAAUAAUUGAAUCUCCAUAUAAUUUAGCCGUCCAACGAUGACAGCUUCAGAUUUAAAGUAGUCAGGAGAAUUCUUUCGUCUUUUGGUUAUAGAAAAAAGAAAUAAUAUGUCAGGUCAUCCUGUACGGCGUUAUUAAAGUAAUCCAGGCCUGAUCGGAUAUCCAAACGGAGAAAGUACCAAGUUGUCGUUAAAAUGGAGACUUUGGACUCUGAAGCGUCAGACGAUCUGUCUUACUGUGAUUUAGACAGUUUCCCGGAGGUGCUCUUAGAAAGGUCCAAAGAAAUCCAAAGCUUGCAGCUGAGCCACAACCAGAUUACCAUUCUACCUCGAAGUAUUGGUGCUUUUGUUAACCUUAUCGCCUUAGAUCUCAGCAACAACGGUUUAUCCUACAUCAGUGAUGAAAUUAUACAUUUAAAACAAUUGAAAACAUUGAUUGCACGCAAUAAUGCAUUGGACCAGGCAGCCUUGCCGAAAGAAUUUGCAGUAUUAAAUAAUUUAGAGGUAGUGAAUUUUAGUGGGAAUAAUUUUUCACAAUUUCCCCUACAACUGACUCAGAUGCCAAGUCUUCGGAGGGUCUACCUUGGAAGUAACCGUUUGCAGUCUGUGCCAAAUGAUAUCAAAUUUAUGAUAGGAUUAGAAAUACUGUACCUAGGGGGCAACAAUUUGACAGAAAUCCCAGCAGAAAUUGGCCAUCUGUCACAGCUGACAGCGCUGAACCUGUGCGACAACAAGCUUCAGAGCCUGCCCCCAACACUAAUGAACCUCCAGAAGCUGCAAUCACUCAGCCUUCACAACAACAGCAUUUGUGUGCUUCCACAAGAAAUUGUGGCCCUGGACUUGGUUGAGCUAAGCUUGAGAAAUAACCCUCUGGUGGCAAGAUUUGUACAAGAUUUGGUGUACAAGCCGCCAUCUUUGUUGGAGCUUGCUGGGAGGGUGUUGAAGACCAAGGCUGUGCAGUAUGAAGAGAGCGAAGUUCCCAGAAAUCUAGUGGAUUAUCUUGCAUCUGCCCAGAGUUGUGUUAAUCCAAGAUGUAAAGGUGUUUACUUCACCUCCAGGUGGGAGCACGUGAAAUUUGUGGACUUCUGUGGGAAGUAUCGUGUGCCCCUGCUACAGUACCUCUGUGCCCCUAACUGCACCCCUGCCAGCCCCCUAGUGAGCCUCUCUAGCAGUGACUCCGAGCCAGAGGAUGACAUCCCUGUAGUAAAGAUGAAGAAAGUGUUGCUGGGUUAAAAUGCAAGACAAUACAAAAUGGUGCAUCCAAGAUAGGAUAUAUACAUAUUUAUGUUUUUUUUUUUUUUUUUUUUUUUUUUUUUACUAAAAGACUAAGUGUAUUCUGCUGUAUUGAAAUAUUGCUCACAAGACUGCAAGUAUUGCUAUAAACAAAUGCUAUCCUAUAUGAUGGCUUAUUGCUAAGUUAUAUUUGUAUAAUUGCACAAAAAUUAAACAAGUCAUAAUUUUUUAUAAUGAUUUUUUUUUUGUUAAUGGGUGUAAAUUACAGGAUUACCUCUAAAUUUUGAACAUGGAGGUCAUUUGGACCUCUCCUGAAAGAACAUGAGGUCAUUCAAAAUGUGAGGCAGUGUAUCAGAAAAACGGGUGGAUUUUUUUUUGUGAAUUUUUCAUGACAGUGUGUCAGCCUCAUAGUUGUACUGUGAAAGUACUGUAAAAGUCCAUGGACAGUGUGUCAACUUCAUGACAGCGUGUCAAGCUCAUGGUUGUAUCGUAAAAGUUCAUGGACAAACUGUAGGCUGAUCAAAAUGUUUUAAAUCUAGAGAAGAAGGCCAGUAUUCCACUGUGAGAUAUCUAGUCACAGAUUGGUAAAUCUAGUCGCAGACAAGGAGAGGUGAUGAUAGCUGAACACUUUGAACUGGACUGGAGUGGAUAUUGAAUUGUACGACUUUCAGUUCUUGUUGACUGUGCUUCCAGUAAAAUAUUGUUAAGUUGGGAAGCUUAUUGAGCUUUUCAGCUCAGUUUUACUCUACUUUAUUUUAGAAAUGAAGUUCUUCCUUGCCAUAUCUAAUUUGACACAUUGCCAGAAAAUUAAAGUAUUUCUCUUUAUCACUGUUGGAGUGACAGUGUUACCAAACAUGACUGUCCAGUUAGGCUUAUAUUGCUGCCUGCAGUACUCCAUUUAAACCACUGUAUUUUUACUGAUAAUUAUGAUCAUAUAUAUUUCUUGACAUAUGUAACAAAUAGAUAAAUAACCUAAGGUGAAUAAAAUUAUUUAUCAUAUAUUUUGUGUCCGCGGUCAUAAAUCCAAACCAUGCAAUUUUAUGCUCA